ACCCGGCGGGUUUCGAAGCCAAUCCUCCUCCAGCUCACUCCAUCGCUCAUUGUUCCCCCUUCCCACUUCCUAAGUUCCCUUUCUCGUUGGUCUCACACUUCCUGCACUCCAUCCAAACGGCAUUUGCGAUACCAAACGGACAUCUGAAGCCCGUUCAAAGCUGGCGGGUGUUUCGUUGGCUGCAAAUAUCGUGAGACACAGAGUACAGACAGAGAGAUACCUACACACAAGAGACUGAGAGAGAAAGGGAGAGAUUGAUCGCCUGCAGCCAAAAAGCUUAGCAGGGCGAUUUUUGGCCCGCCACCAACCCCGGGACCUGGCACCACCGUAACCAUCACGCAACUCACACACACACGCCACUGCUCAACCAAGUCCGCUCGCCGCCCACAACCCCGGAGGAAGGGGGACUUCCGGAUUCUCGGCCCGCUUACCAAAGAAAGCGAAGCCUUGCACAUUGACGGAUUGUACCUUUUUUACCACCUUUUUCUUCCUGUUCUUUGAACUUAAACGACAGGGGCAUCCGCCUCCAGGUCUGAAUCCCGGAUGCCGACGGGGAUCGAAACCCGCGACGCGGGGGCCGCCGAGUCGGUCAACGGCGGCAUCGCCGCACCCUACGGCCGGGCCUGCACCAACUGCUCCCGCGCAAAGUGCAAAUGCAUCCUCCGCCCCGUCGGUGGGGCCUGCGAGCGGUGUCACCGGCUCGGCAAGUCGUGCCAGCCGAGCAACCCUAUCCGGAAACGCUCCAAGAAGCCGCCGUCCAGCCGGACCGCGCAGCUGGAGGAGAAGCUUGAUGGGCUUGUUACGCUGCUGAGGCAGUCGGGGAGGCCGACCUUGUCGGCUGAUUUGGGGGUUGAUAUUCACUUGUCUGGGGGGUCUGGUUCCUCUUCGUCGACGACGGCUGCUGCUGCUGCUGCUGCGGAGGCGGCGAGGAGGCAGUCUUCUGAGAUGGGAGAUGUGCAUGGUGCUGGCGGCGGCGGUGGUGGAGGUUUUGACUCGGCGCAGCAUUUCGGUAAAGGUGAUCGCAGAGACCGUGGGGCGUCGUUGCCGACGCCGACGCAGACGGCUAGCCCCGAGGAACCCGGGUACGGCGACGAGCUGCCCUCACCAGACGAGGCGGAGGCGCUCUUUGAGGCGUUCCGCGGUCAGAAUCUCAAAUACUUCCCGUUUCUCAACUUCAAGGCUACGAUGACGGCUGAGGAGCUGCGCGGCGAGAGGCCGUUUUUGUGGAUCUGCGUCAUGACCGUUGCCUCGAGGGUAUCAAGUCAGCAGCUUGCGCUGGGCCAGCGGGUGCGACAGAUCGUGAGCCACAAGCUGCUUGUCGAGAACGAGAGGAGUAUUGAUUACCUCCUCGGGCUGUUGGUGAUUUUGGGAUGGGCAAAUCACCAGCUUGGUAACAAGCCGUUCAUGUGCUUGUUCUGCCAGAUUGCUAUCGGUCUCAUCUUUGAUCUGGGAAUGUCCCGCGACCCCUUGGACAACCUGAACCCUUUCCUCUGCUGGAAGGCUGCUCAGGAGAGGGCCGACCGCGAGAAGACUGGAGCUGUGGGGCAAACUUUGUAUGUCAAGUCACAGAUGCCGCGGACGAUGGAGCAGAGGAGGGCUGUGGUCGCUUGCUACCUCAUCUCAUCGGCCGUCGCGAGUUUCUUAGGCAAGAUGGACCCCUUGCGUUGGACACCACACAUGGAUGAAUGUCUGCAAGUUCUCGACGAGCAGCCCGAGUCGCCCUCAGACCGCACCCUCGUCGCACUGGUCAGGAUGCAGCUACUCAAGGAGGAGGCCGGGAAGAUGUCCGCGGCAUGGCGUCCCGAAACCACGUUCGACAUCGUCGAUUCGCACAGGACGCCGCCUGCCAUGUAUGUCAAGCUGCUACAGAGGCAGCUCCAGCAGCAUAUUCAGAGCCUGCCGUCAGAGCUCCAAAGCACAGACACAAUCAUCGCCCAACUUCACUGCACAGAACUCUCCAUCCAGGAAAUCGCCCUCUCCAACAAGACAGGCACCUGCGUGCCCGCCAACCUCCCGGACGUGGCCCGCCUCGACAUCUACUACGCCUGUCUACACGCCGUCAAGGCGUGGUUUGACCAUUUCCUCACCCUGCCGCCCGCAGCCUACUACACGACCCCCUUCCUCACCUUCUCGCAGCUGUCCCACUGCACGAUUGCGCUCUACCGCCUCUCGGUGCUCGAGGACCCCGUAUGGGACCGGGCGAGCGUGCGGUCGACGAUUGAUCUUAUUGCGACGCUCGACGAGAUUGGGGACCGGUUCAUGAGGGUUUGCAGCGAGGCUGGGUUGAAUGUCGAUGUUGAGGAGGGAAAUGCGUUUGCGAAAGCUGUCAAGACUAUCAAGGGGCUCAAGGGGACGUGGGAGGCUUCUAUGGCGCCGUUGGCCAAGGUUGAUGCCCCUGCUGCUGCGGGAGUUGAUGGGACUGGUGUCCUCGGGGCUGGGAUGGGUGGUGGUGCUGGGGUUGGGGAGGUUGAGCUGGGGCAGUUUGGGUUGGAUUUGAUGGACAAUCGGUGGUUUACGGAUAUCUUUACGCCGUUUGACUUUUAGGGGUUUGUUGAUUUUGGUGUGUUUAGGGUGCACUGGAUAGAUUAUGGAUGGAAUAUAUCAUGGGUAUAUCACGGGAUGGAAUGGGUUAGGUUAGGUUGGGUUUGGAUUGUCGAGUCUGGCGUUGGUAGUGGGGUGUGUUGGACUUGGGUUUGCAUCACCGCUCCUCGAUUAGUUGGGACGAGUACUUGAUGUACUCUUGGGACAAAAGUAGGAGACUGGGUGUACGAGUUUGUGUACGUCUGCUGCGUAACAUAAUGAGAUUGGAUACCUUGAAGGAGUUGUUACUGAAAUC